UCCAGUUUGAAAGCCAAAUAGCAUUAUUUCUUCUAGAGAAAUUAGAAAUAAAUAAAAAAAAUAAACGGAGUCUGCAUCUCUGCGGGGACUUUUGAAAACACAAACAAGAAAGGGUGUUUCGCUUUUCGCGUUUCCAUCCGAGUUUUGAGUUUCUGAGUUUCGAGAAGAUAGGAGGAAACCAUCCUCAAAGAUGGCGUUGAACAUUACUCACCAAGUAGCAACGCUCGCCGGGACCACGAUUCCGGGGGAAUCGGGCAUAUCUUCCCGUGAAUCGACGACGACGACGAUGUCCGCAUCGGCGGUUUGGAAAUCACCGGCGGCGACAAGCCGGAGAUGCAGGGUUCAGAAGUCGGACUUUGGCGACGGCAGAUCGUCGGUGUCGCCGCCGCUGAGUCCGUGCAGGUCUCGUCCUCUGAGCCCCUGCCGAUCUCCGUCUCCGGUGAGCCCGCACGUUUCGCCGCCGCUCGGAGGGAUCCGCCCGGAUCUGUCGGCUGCAUGCCUGGCGUUUGGGACGGAGCUGGAGGCUCCGACGGAGGAAUUGGCGUCGGCGAGCGAGCACAGAGAGGUGCGGGCACGUGUUAAGGGGAGUGGAGUGCCGGUAUACGUGAUGAUGCCUCUGAACAGCGUGAUGAUGAACCACACGGUGCAUAAGAGGAAGGCGAUGGAGAUGAGUCUAAGGGCGCUGAAGAGCGCCGGCGUGGAGGGCAUAAUGCUGGACGUGUGGUGGGGUCUGGUGGAAGGCGACGCGCCGGGCGCCUACAAUUGGGGCGGAUACAAAGAGCUCAUGGAGAUGGCUAAGAAUCUCGGCCUCAAAGUUCAAGCCGUCAUGUCGUUUCAUCAGUGCGGUGGCAACGUCGGUGACGAUGUAUUUAUUCCUUUGCCAAAGUGGGUGGUGGAAGAGAUAGAUAAAGAUCAAGACCUGGCGUACACGGAUCAAUGGGGAAGGAGGAAUUACGAGUACGUCUCGCUUGGCGCCGACACCAUCCCUGCCCUCAAGGGCCGUACGCCUGUCCAGUGUUACGCCGACUUCAUGCGUGCCUUCAGAGAUAACUUCAAACACCUUCUUGGCAACACCAUUGUGGAAAUCCAAGUGGGAAUGGGUCCAGCAGGUGAGCUUCGUUACCCUUCAUACCCGCAGCAAAAUGAUCUUUGGAAGUACCCGGGGAUUGGCUGCUUCCAAUGCUUUGACAAGUACAUGAUUAGCAGCUUGAAAGCUGUUGCGGAGGCUGCUGGAAAGCCGGAAUGGGGAAGCAGUGGCCCAACUGAUGCGGGUGAUUACAAAAAUUGGCCUGAAGAUGCCCCAUUUUUCAAGAAGGAAGGUGGAGGUUGGAACAGCCCCUAUGGUGAAUUCUUCUUGACAUGGUACUCUCAGAUGCUUAUCGGCCAUGGCGAGAGAAUCCUCACCUCGGCCAAGUCCGUGUUUGAGAACACGGGUGUCAAGAUCUCGGUUAAGAUCGCCGGCAUCCACUGGCAUUAUGGGACCCGCUCCCACGCCCCGGAGCUCACUGCAGGCUACUACAACACCCGUUCCCGAGACGGGUACCUCCCGAUCGCCCAGAUGUUGUCCCGCCAUGGUGCCGUAUUCAACUUCACCUGCAUCGAAAUGCGUGACUACGAGCAGCAGGGGGAUUAUCCUGGUGCGCUUUGCUCACCGGAGAACCUUGUUAGGCAAGUUGCCUUGGCGACAAAAAAGGCGCAGGUUCCCCUCGCUGGAGAAAACGCAUUGGAACGAUAUGACAAGGAUGCGUACGAGCAGAUCCUGCAGGCGUCGUCCUUGAACUUUGAGGGUGCGUCCGGAGAGGAAGAAAUGUGUGCCUUCACUUACUUGAGGAUGAAUAAAGAGUUGUUUAAAGAAGAAAACAUUCUGCGCUUCAUGGCUUUCGUGAAGAAGAUGAAAGAAGGGAAAGGUGCAAACAAGUGUUUGGAAGAGGUGGAGAGGGAAGCAGAGCAUUUCGUGCAUGUUAAUGUGCCUUUGAUGCAAGAGGCUGCUGCUCUCAUGCAGUAACCAUGGUGUGUGUAUAGUACUAUUAGGCAGCUUGUUUUACACGUCUUUUUUAUCUUUUAUGAUCAUCCAAAGGCAAUAAUUUGUUAUUUGUGUACCUAAAAAAAUUUCCCUGAUUUCUUUCGGCAGCUCUUUUAAUUAUGCUGCGGCUUAGAGAUGGGGAUCCGAAGACCUGUAAUUUCAACACUAGUAGAUACUUUUUUCUGUAUCACUUUCUUAAUGGAUUACGCGUUGAAUUGUGUGAUAAUAGAAAAUAAUAAUAUAUCUA